AUGGUAGAUGAACAAUUAAAUCAUGAUGCAUUGGAUGAACAUAAUCGAUUACGUGCAUUGCACGGAUGUCCUCCAUUAAAAUAUGAUCGAAGACUUGCUAGAGAAGCACAAGCUUGGGCUGAAAAUCUUGCACGCUUGAAAAUUAUGAAACAUAGUAUCUGUGAUGAAUAUGGAGAAAAUUUGGCAUCAGCACAAUCUACUGGAAAAGCGGAAAUGACCGGGGCUAGAGCGACACAAAACUGGUACGAUGAGAUUCAUUAUCACAAUUUUAAUAAACAGUUUCAAAGUCAGUCAGGUCAUUUUACACAGCUUAUCUGGAAGAAUACAUCUAAAGCAGGAUUUGGCAUUCAGCAUUCAAUUGAUGGCCAUCAUGUUUUUAUAGUAGGACGUUAUGAGCCACCUGGAAAUGUUAAUGGUCAGUUUUUAGAAAAUGUACCUCGACCUAUCAGUGGACAGUCAACUCCUAAAUCUAAAGUUACUUCUUGCAAACAUAAUGAACAGAAUGGUCCACGAAGAACCUAUCAAGAUGAACUAGUUAUUGUACGAGAGAUAGAUAGAAAUGAUCACAAUGGUUCAAAUCAUAUUACAUCGAUAGAUAGUUCUAAACGAAGCAGGUCAGAUGAAACUAUACCAAAGAUAAACGAAGUACGUAUCAUUAGAGCGGAGAAGAAACGUCAACGAAGAUGUGCAAAGAGGUGUAGUAUUAUGUAA